AUGGCGUCCACAUUCUUCACCUGGCUGCGAACACCCGCAGCUCGAGACUACUUCUUCAGCACACAUUUCUGGGGUCCAGUAGCAAACUGGGGUCUUCCUCUAGCCGCCCUCGCAGACUUGAAGAAGGAUGAGGAGAUGAUUUCAGGGACAAUGACCACCGCUUUGGCCUGCUAUUCGAUGGUCUUCAUGCGAUUCGCCUGGAGAGUUCAGCCACGGAACUACCUCCUCUUCGCAUGUCAUGCGACCAACGCGACGGCUCAAUCCCUGAACGACGCCCGCUUCGUCAAGUACUGGUACAUGGGUGGCCGGGAAAAGAAGCUCGAGGAGGAAGCAGCCAAGGCCGCAGAGGAGGGAAAGGUCACAGAGGCAGUCAAGGCUGCCGUCGAGGCCAAAAAAUCCGACGCUUAGAUUUGUCGCAAAGUGCGCUCUAUAUUGCCUAAUAGCAUAUUAUAACCUAGAUAUACAGCUAUCAUUUACGUCCUGAAAUGCCCGAAUACCCGUCGGUAAUCACCA